CAACGGUCACUCUAAACACUAUUUUGGCAAAACAAAACACAUUUUUUAUAAAACUCGGCUUCAUUUAAAUAAUAAUAGUAAUAUCAAUUUAUAAUGUCGGAAACUAGCUCCAAGGAUAAUGUCAAGACGGCGAUGACGUAUAUUUGCGGUGAAUGCCAUCACGAAAACGAAAUGCGUCCUAGGGAUCCUAUUCGUUGUCGCGAGUGCGGAUACCGUAUUAUGUACAAGAAACGUACCAAGCGUCUUGUUGUCUUUGAUGCCCGGUAAAAAUGAAAAAUUAGAUGAAACCCGUCUGAAUAAUAGUCUUAAGUAAUAGUUUUUAACUCAAUAAAGCUGGGGCUUAAAGUAAAAGUUCUCACAUACAUUAAUACUUACUGAUUUUUUAUAACAAUGAUUUUUAAAUCAAAAAUUUCAAAUUUAAAAUGUAGAUGUGUGGAAGCUAUAAUUUUAGAUGGGUAUAUAACUAGGAAUAUAGUAUACACCACCGAUGUUUAUGUUUUUAAUCAAGCAACCAUAGAAUCCAACCCAAGAUUUAUUAAUAAAAUAUAAUCCCAAAAUCAAAGAAAAUGAAUUAAAAGACGUUUCUGUUUUAUAUUUUAAACUAAUUGUAUUUUAUUUUGAAUGUUUUGGAAAUAUAUAAUUUUAAACUAAAAACACUCACAUUACAGUUAUUGUAAUUAUACCUUUUAUUUGUUGCAAGUUCAUUGCUUAAAUAAAAUUUAAAGUAA